AUGUCUGAUAGCGAAGUUGAGAGAAUUCUGGGGUGUCAAAAAGACUAUUGCCAGGUCUUACAAGUCAGUGAAACAGCCGACAAAAAGACCAUCAAGAAACAUUACAGGCAACUAGCACUAAAAGUCCAUCCAGAUAAAAGCAAGCACCCCAAAGCCGCCGCCGCCUUCACAGCCCUCAAACAAGCCUACGAAGGUCUCCUCAUUGGUGAGUUAAAAGAACCACCCAAACACACCAACCACAACCACUUCUACCACAAUCAAUCCUAUCACAAUCACUCCCAUCACAAUCACUCCUAUCACAAUCCCAACCGCGGCUACACAUUCUCCUAUGGUUUCGACCCCGCCAAUUUCCACAACUCCUACCACACUCAAUUCUCCAACUCCUUCCACAACAUCCCAGCCGAAGAAAUCCUCCGCCGCAUCUACAUGGCCCACUUCAAUGCCCAAUUCAACACUCAUGCCCGCGCCCAUACCCAAAACUUCAAUCGAUCCACUCCACUAGAAAUCUCUCCCAACCGAUGUGCCGUUCUCCUAGCCAUCUUCAUCAUCCUCUGGGCUGUCCUCCUCCGCACUUCCUAA